UCACCGCAAUGAUGCCUUCCUCAGACCCGUACCACUGUCCUUCUCAUCUUGAGACCUUAACCAGGAUUGAUCAAUUGUUUGUCUACAAAGACAAAACUCUGGAAGAAAGUCUUGAAGAAGUUUUAUGUGGAAUAAAGUCUAACAACAGAUAUGAGGUGAAGGAUGACACUGGGAACAACAUUUUUAGAAUUAUUGAGGACAAUGAUGGUUGUAACAGGACUUGCCUGGGUGGAUCACGUUCCUUCACAAUGAAUGUUUUUAAUGACUCAAAUCAAGAGAUCAUCAGACUGGAGCGACCAUUUGUUUGUUGCAGCAAUAAUGAGCUGGAGGUUCAGUCUCCACCUGGCGUUGCCAUCGGACUUGUUCGACAAAACUGGCAUGUUUGCCUACCUAAAUUCACAAUUGAGAAUGAACGAGGAGAACCAGCAUUUAAGAUUGCAGGACCAUUUGUACCUUGUACAGUCUGCAUGGAUGCAGACUUUGAGCUGGUGUCUUUGAAUGGGGCAGCAGUAAACACAUCAUUUGGCAAGAUUUUCAAACCUUUCUCAGCCUGUGGACCAGCAGGUGCAGAUUUUGUGCUGAGGUUUCCAAGAAACUUGGAAGUCAAAAUGAAAGCUACACUUUUGGGAGCCUGCAUACUUAUUGACUGCUUGUAUUAUGAAAACCGACAAUAACAUGAAACUUACUUCAAAGAAGACGAGGUGGAAGACAAAUGCCUACAGACUGCUUGCUAAAUUUUCAUUACCAAUAAAGGCUGAAGAGAGAAAAAUCA